UGGGCUGGAUCCCUGGACCCCGCCGCUAUCUGUAUCCCGCUGGCCCCCUUAGCUUCCAGCCGGUGCCGGGGGCGAGUGCUAACCUCUGCAGGAGGGUAAACUGAGGCGGGGCGGUCCCCGAGGCUAGCCCCCGCCCCCGGAGGCCCCGCCCCGGCCCAUAAGAGCCCAGAGAGCGCGGCGAGAGGCACAGUGGGGACCCGGGGCGGCGGCGCGAUGGCAGCGCAGCGGCUGGGCAAGCGCGUGCUGAACAAGCUGCAGUCCCCAUCGCGGGCUCGCGGCCCCGGGGGCAGCCCCAGUGGGCUGCAGAAGCGACACGCCAGAGUCACCGUUAAGUACGACCGGCGAGAGCUGCAGCGGCGGCUGGAUGUGGAGAAGUGGAUCGACGGGCGCUUGGAGGAGUUGUACCACGGCAGGGAGUCAGAAAUGCCAGAUGAGGUCAACAUUGAUGAAUUGUUGGAAUUGGAGAGUGAAGAGGAAAGAAGCCAAAAAAUCCAGGGACUCCUGAAGUCCUGCACGAAUCCAACGGAGGACUUUGUGCAGCAACUGCUGGUCAAGCUACAGGGUCUGCACAAGCAGCCAGGCCAACCACACUCCAGCCCCUCAGAUGAAGGCAGCCUGAGCCCCCGCCAGGACCGAGCCCGGACUGCUCCCCCCUGACAGUCGCCUGCCUCUGUCCCCUCCAUAUCUCCAAUGCCGGGAUUGUUUAUAAGCUGUAUUUAAUGGUUCUGUAACUCUA